CUGCUGAUCCAGGCCAUGCACGACCUGCCCCCUGACUCGGGCGCGCGGCGGGGCGGCCGGGGCUGGGCGGACCGCGGCUGCCCUGCUGGAGCCCGGGCUCCGCGCCAGCAGCCUUCCCCCCGCGGCGCGGCGGACCGCCGAGCCUGCCCCCUAGGCUGGGAGCGGGGAGGCGGCGGCUGUCUUUGGCAGCAGGUGUCCCCGCCCAGGUCGCCUUGGAGGGAGUCGGGGGGAGGCCGCCGGCGGACUUCUCGGAUGCGGCUGCCUUACAGCAGAAGCCUCGACAGCCUCCGACAGGGUGCCAAGCCGCCUCCGCUGCAGCGGUGGGUGAGCGACAGCUGGAUCAGGUGCGGCCCGCGGGAGGAUCUGGACGAGCCCCCGCCACGUGGAGGCAGGAUGGACGGCUGGAGCGGAGGCAGCGCGGGGGCCACGGCGCCCUCCGGCCUCCUGCCUCCCAGCUCCGAGGACCCAGGCUGCUCCUCCAGAAGCUCAUUCGGGGAUCCUGCGGGGACCCCUGUGAUACGCAGCUGCAAAGGAGACGGCCAGGAGGGGCUCCCCUUCCUCAAGCCUCCCGCGGUGACAGUCAAGAAGCUGCAGAAGUGGAUGUACAAAGGACGGCUGCUGUCCCUGGGGAUGAAGGGUCGCGCCCGGGAGACACCCCCCAAAGUCACGGGAGAGCAGGCAACCUCUCCCAGUCUGGCCGCUUUGAAAAUGCGUGAAAACCAGGUGCUCUCCGUUGCUCCAGAUCAAAGAAUUACGCUGACAGAUUUAUUUGAAAAUGUGUAUGGGUCUUCAAUGCAGAGAAGAGAACUUGAAGACCUGAAGGAUAAUAUUGGAUUCAGAAGUCAUAAACCGCUUAAUAGCAUCACUGUGUCAAAGAAGCGCAAUUGGCUGUAUCAGAGUACUCUGAGAUCUUUUAAUUUGGAAGAAGAAAAUAAGAAAUGCCAAGAUCUAAGUCACUUAUCCAUCCCACGUGUCUCUCUUCCUAAACAUCAGCUAUCACAACCACUCCUAAAGUCAUCUGAAGAAUAUUGUACAUAUGUUGUGUGUAAUUCUACAAAUUCUUCAUUAUCAAGAAAUUGUCCUGUAGACUUUAAUGAGGAAAAUGAUGCUGAUGAUGAAGGAGAAAUAUGGUACAACCCUAUUCCUGAAGAUGAUGAAUAUGCUUUGAGUUUUGGUGAAGCUAACUCUACUGUUCUCAAGUUUCCUGCUGUCAGCUUGAGAGUAUUGUCUGGUGGUGACCUAGUGAAAGGAGAGCAUCAUACUGAAGACUUGGUUUGUUUUUCUGAACAUACUGGUGAUGUUCAGAACACACAGUCAAAUGAAAUGAAUCCUAUAGAUUCCAUACAUUCCACAGAGCUUGUACAACAGUAUAAGCAGAGGCUUGGACCCAAGACACAAGAAGGCACAAUGGAGAGCAGUCCUAUGUUGAAAUCUCCUUUUGCAGGUCCUGGGAUCCUAGCUGCUACAAAUAAGAAUGAAUUGGGACUUAUAGAAUCAUCUUCUCCAAGCCCUAGCCCUGUGAAAAAAGGGAGUUCAAUUAAUUGGUCUUUCCCAGAUAAAAUAAAAUCUCCACGAACUGUGAGGAAACUUUCCAUGAAAAUGAAAAGGUUGCCAGAACUUAGCCGAAAACUGAGCGUUAAAGGAACUGUGAAUUAUGUAAAUAGUUCAGAGAACACUCCUUCCUUAUCUAAAUGUAACUGUCAAGAAAUUCAUCAUACGGUUAUUCUACCUUCUGGGAACACAACCACAGCUGCUAAGAGGAAUGUUAUAAGUCGGUACCAUCUUGAUACCAGUGUAUCUUCUCAGCACAGCUACCAGAAGAAAACCUCUGUGAGUUCUAAGUAUUCCUGCAAAGGUGGUUACCUCAGUGAUGGAGAUUCACCUGAACUUGUAGCUAAAUCUAGCAAACAUGGACCUGAAAACAAAUUUGGAAAGGCAAAAGAAGUAAUUCCAAAUAGUUGUAGCAAGAAUGAAAUAGACAUUGAUGCUUUUAGACAUUAUAGUUUUUCUGAUCAGCCUAAGUGUUCCCAGUAUAUAUCUGGGCUUAUGAGUGUGCAUUUCUAUGGUGCUGAAGACUUAAAACCACCCCGAAUAGAUUCAAAAGAUGUAUUUUGUGCAAUUCAAGUAGACUCAGUAAACAAAGCAAGAACAGCUUUGCUCACAUGCCGGACAACAUUUUUAGACAUGGAUCACACUUUCAACAUAGAAAUUGAAAAUGCACAGCAUUUGAAAUUAGUAGUAUUCAGCUGGGAACCCACUCCAAGGAAAAAUCGAGUGUGUUGUCAUGGAACCGUUGUUCUGCCCACCUUAUUCAGAGUGACAAAGACCCACCAGCUGGCUGUCAAACUUGAACCUAGAGGUCUUAUUUAUGUGAAAGUCACUCUUCUGGAACAGUGGGAGAAUUCUCUUCAUGGACUAGAUAUAAAUCGGGAACCAGUGAUAUUUGGUGUUGAUAUUAGAAAAGUUGUAGAGAAAGAAAAUAUAGGAUUGAUGGUGCCACUCCUGAUACAGAAAUGUAUUAUGGAAAUUGAAAAGAGGGGCUGUCAGGUGGUAGGUCUGUACCGAUUAUGUGGUUCAGCAGCAGUCAAAAAAGAACUUCGAGAAGCUUUUGAGAAGGAUAGCAAAGCUGUUGGUCUGUGUGAAAACCAGUAUCCAGACAUAAAUGUAAUAACAGGUGUUCUUAAAGAUUAUUUGAGAGAACUACCUUCUCCUCUGAUAACAAAGCAACUUUAUGAAGCUGUAUUAGAUGCAAUGGCAAAAAGUCCUUUGAAAAUGUCAUCAAAUGGUUGUGAGAAUGACCCCAGUGACUCUAAGUACACUGUUGACCUGUUGGAUUGUCUGCCUGAUAUUGAGAAGGCAACCCUAAAGAUGUUAUUGAAUCAUUUGAAAUUGGUGGCUUCUUAUCAUGAAGUGAAUAAGAUGACUUGCCAGAAUUUGGCUGUGUGCUUUGGACCAGUAUUAUUAAGUCAGAGACAAGAGACUUCCACUCACAACAACAGAGUCUUUACUGAUUCAGAAGAACUUGCAAGUGCUUUGGAUUUUAAAAAACACAUUGAAGUCCUUCAUUACUUACUUCAGCUCUGGCCAGUGCAAUGCGUUUCUGUCAAAGAAUCAACAGACAAUUUGUUCCCAGAGCAGAAGUCUUCUCUAAAUUAUUUGAGGCAAAAGAAGGAUCGACCCUACUUGUUAAAUUUGAGCGGUACCGAAUCAUCAAGUGUUCUUAGACCAAGGCAAACCAGAUUAGACAGUCCACUGAGCAAUCGUUAUGCAGGAGACUGGAGCAGCUGUGGAGAAAACUACUUUUUAAAUACUACAAAGGAAAAUUUAAAUGAUGUGGAUUAUGAUGAUGUACCUUCAGAAGAUGGAGAAAAUUGUAGCAAAAUGUAUGGACCAGAUAUAAUGAUAGAACAGCCAAUUCCCAUGUCUAAAGAGUGCACAUUUCAGACGUAUUUGACAAUGCAGACAAUUGAGUCUACCGUGGAUCGCAAAGUUAAUCUCAGAGAUCUUCAAGAGAGUAUUGAUACUUUGAUUGGAAAUCUAGAACGUGAGCUCAACAAAAACAAGCUUAAUAUGAGUGUUUGAGAUUAAGAAUCUUUAUUUGCUUACUUAUAGUGACUUAAGUAAGUCAAUUUCUUACACCUCUCACAGUGUGUUUUUGUUGUUUUAAAAUCUUCAACUAAUUUCUAACAGACUCGUGUAAUUCAAUUAAAAAUACUAGCCUAAUAUAAUUUUUACUUACAAGGAAAUUUUUUCUGAGGGUAAGGAUAAUUUGGACUUUUUGUGGAUAUUUAAUAAGUCUUGCCAUUUCUGUAGAGAAAGUUUUUAAAUGCACUUCUAAGGUUUGGAUAACUUAUUAGGCUCUCAAGCUUUUUGUACUUUACAGGAACUGCUCUACUGUAGCGGAACCACCAUGCCUUUUAGAGGAUGGUCCAGUGGUCUGGGCAUCUCUGCCGCAGUCUGUGCCCACGUCUACUGCAACAUCACUUACACUACUGCAGCCACAUUUCAUUUGCAAUGCAAAUGCUGCUAUGAGAAAACUUUUUAUAUAAAGAAAAGUAAAGUUAUACAAAUAUUAAUGUAUUCUGUAUUAACAGUAAUUAUUUAAGCUUAUAAAAAUAAAUAUUUUUGUAAUCCUGAAAAUAUGUAUAUAUUUAUAAGUACAUAGAUAUAUAUAGGUUUUAGAAUGCAGGAGGGGUUGACUGCAGAAUCACAUGUAUCUUUAAAGUAUAUGUGUCAUGAGGCCAAAAUGAUAAGCUUAAAAAUAUCUUUUUCAGGGAAAGAACACUUAAGUUAAAGGAGGAGUUAUAAGAAACACUUGAACAAAACUCUAUAAGCAUUGAAUAGAAAUAAUAGACAUUUUUCUGGUUCAUAGGAAAUCUCAAUAUCCCCAGUGAAAAGUCAUCUUUUAAAUUAAAAUCCUCUAGUUUCUUAAGGGAUUAAGUGCCCAGAUUUUUGCACUGGUGAUUUUGAUUAAAUUUUUUUUUCACAUUUUCUAUGCCUUUCUGUAUUCUGCUUUUUAAA